CAGCCAGGGUGAAAAUUACCAUGCGAUUAACCGAUGUGGAAUACACGUCUGACCUGCAGACGAAGACCAAACAGGCUUACAAGGAUCUUGAGGCCGACCUGCAGGCCAAGCCAAGAAGGGCUUGGCAACCGAGAUGGCGAUCAGUGAGAGUGAGGUUACCAUCAUCAUCAACUCUUUCUCCAGCGGGUCUGUCAUCGUCAACGCCACAGUGGAACUCUCCUCCGACACCAACGCUACUGCCGCUGAGAAAGCAGUCGAGGACGGCCUCAAAGCGGUCACGCAGAACAGCACCGCCUUCGGGUACCAGGUCGAGGCCGACAGCAUUUCGACGCAGGGUAUGACUGUCGACCCUACCGAGACCACCACUCAAGCAGCAGACACCAAUACAGGAGCCAACGGAGCGGAUGGAGGCACAACCACCCAGGCUACUGAAUCGAACGCCGAUGGAGGAACUACCACUCAGGCCUCUGCCAAUGCCGGUGGAGGUUCCCAGGCAUCUUCCAACACCGGGGACGAAACUACAACCCAGAGAACAUCCGGCAGCGGUGGAGGUUCCCAGGCAUCUUCUAACACCGAGGGCGAAACAACCACCCAAGGAACAUCCGGCAGCGAUUCAAACACAGCAACCACCACGUCUUCUGACAGUUCCGGUUCCGGUUCAAAUACAGCCGAUACCACAUCUUCUGGCACUUCUAGUUCCGGUUCAAAUACAGCUGAUACCACAUCUUCUGGCACUUCUAGUUCCGGUACAAAUACAGCCGGAACAUCUGACACUUCCAGUUCUGGUUCAAAUACAGCCGAUACCACAUCUUCUGGCACUUCUAGUUCCGGAGGUACAUCGGGAUCAUCAGGUGGAACAACUGCAAAUACAGACACAAACACAAAUACAAAUACAGGUACAAACACAAAUACUGCUACAAGCACGAAUACAAACACAAACACAACCGGUACAACAGGAACCACCACUUCUACUCUGGAUAACGUCGAAGUGGACAAAACGAGCGUGAGUGGAUCCGGACUGUUCAUGUCUGUGAAUCUAAAAGGUCUAACAUCAACUCAGGUCACCGACUAUCUGACCAAAACCUCCAGUAGUUAUACCGGCCUUCAAGAUGCAGCGACUACGUACACGAACUUGGUAAAGGCAUCCUCUCAGACCACGAAAGUCACCUCAGCCUUGAAGUUAAAGCGAGUGAUAAAGAUAAACGCCACCACAGUCAGGGCAGAAUACCUCGCCACUGCUAACUCCAACGUCGACCUGGCUGCCCUCAGGAACUCCAUGUUGCAGAAUCAGGACAUGCAGAAUCUGGAUUUCACGCUGAAGACCGUGGCCCUCACCGUGGCUAACCGCUGGGUCAGUGUCAAGUUAAAGGUCACAAACCGACAGUUCGAAACGGCGAUGUCUGACCCAACCUCUUCCGCAUUCAAGAACUUCAAGAAUACCUUUCAGCCAUUGCUUCUCACAACGCUUCGAGAGAAAGUUAAAGCAGUCGUGAACGUGGUCGUCAUGGAACUCCUCUCCGGCAGCGUGGUCGUCCGUGCCAGUGUCGAGUCGGACAGCACAGCCACGACGACCACGAAGAACGACAUUUCCACUGCCCUCACGUCGGUCAACAGUUUGGGCAGUUUGACACUUGAUACCACCAAGGAAGUAACAGCUGAGUCGUACCUGACUGGUGGCCAGCUGAUCAACCCCGUAACUACAACAAAUACCGAUGGCAGUGAUAUCCUGAGAGAUACAGAAGACAUCUCACAAGGUGACGUCAGUCUGGCGGAGAGCGAGGCAGACAAGAUUAAGAUCAAAACCAACAAUUAUUUCUUCACGGUUACCAUCCCGUCUUUCUGUGCCGUCCUGUUGCUGAUCAUCAUCCUCCUGUGCUGCACGACCUCCAACUCCUGUCUCUGCCGAAUCUGCAGCAGUGAUCCCAAGAACGUGCCCUAAUUCACCCUCAAGGUACGUCCCCAGACGAGGUCAGAGGGGCUCUUGAAGGUCAAAAUACCCGUGCUAGGGUGUUCCUCCUGUGUUCUGAGGGGAAUAUUUCGGAAAUGCUGUAAAGUAUACACGGGUGCGCUAAGAAAUGGUGAAAAAAUCUAGGUGAAGAGACGAAAAUAUGGAAUGAGAAUUGGCAUACUCUACAUCAUUAAUUACAAGAAAUAUAACAAUUUUUUCAAGAGAAAAACGCUUUAUUGUAAUCAACAUCGAUAAUAAAGUAGAGAGUCAAGUAAACAAAAUUUGUCACAAAAUUUAUGCAUGGAUAAAACAUAUAUCACUUAUAACGGGAAUAAACAUCGAAAUGGAAUGUAAUAGCUAGAAAUGAUAUUUCAAAUUAAGACAAAGAAACUGUUUUGAAGUGUAAACUGAGAAAAAAAAAUCUUUAAGUACAACGAGAAAAAAAAUAUUUGCAGAAAUGCCUAUUUAUAACAUUAGAAAUAACAUAAAACAAUAAGAACUUUAAAAAUUAAAGAAUAUAUCAUAAACUCUUCUACCCUCUCCACCUGCACUUAAGACUUUUUUCAUCUACAGUUUUCAUAUUUAUCUAUAGUUUUUCAUAAACGUGACCGAAGGACAAACGCCACUUCCCUGCCAAACUCACCACCAGAUGAGGCGAACAGCAUAAUCGCCAACUAAUAUUCAAGAGCGAAAAUUCGUACGCCAUUACAGUCACAGGUGGCAGGGUAUGUAUUGUCCAGGGCCACGUGCGAAUCUAUGUACCUGUGAGACGUGUUUCCUGCCGUGCAAAUACGCUGUCGAGUUAUUGUGUGGGACGCCAGUGCCAAAUCCGACCGAAGAAAACGGGAAUGGCGAGUCGAAGCUGAUCCGCGGAGCCUCAAAAUCCCGCCCAGUCUUCAAAUGAAACGCAUGCCAAUAAGAAAUUAGACAAGGAGGGAAGAGACAACAAGCAUCGUAUAUUAGUUUUUAAAAAAUGACGACAGUGGAGUUGACCGGCGAAGAUUUUUUCUCUUCCUUUCUUUCUUUCUUUUCUUUUUCUUGGCCUGGAAGUACGGCGCAAGUCACGUCCGCGCACGUUCGAUUCCAUGACGACACUCGCGUGGUUGUGAGUGAAGUAGAUCUGUUAAAUUUUAUCACCCUCAUUUACGGUGCCGGUGCGGUGGGUAUGGGAGUUCAAGGUGGCACUGCAUGACUAAGGGAUGGUGCCAAAAGAAUACCAGUGUGCCAGAGACCCGUGGAACGCCAGUAAAUAAAGUAUAUAUGUAUAUUAUAAUAUGGGUCUCCUUAACACAAUGCUUUUUUUUCCACACCAUCCUUUAGCCUUGUCCAGCGCACUUACUUAAUUCAUAUAAAUAAAUAUAUGUAUACAUAUUGGAGUGUAGUGUGUUGCAAAUAAAAUCACUAUUUUG